AUGAGCAACGACUUAUCAGAGAAGCAGAGUUCGGCGAUGGAGGUCGAGGACCAUGCCACCUCCGCGAAUGAGCCGGUGUACGAUGUCAGCGAGAAAGUCGACUACGACAGACAGGGUGCCAUCGAUGCCGAGAUCGCUGAGCGUAAUAUGACUGUGAUCCAAGCUGUCAAGGCCUACCCCGCUGCCAGUUGGUGGGCAUUCGUGAUGUCUUGCACCAUUAUCAUGGAGUCAUACUGCGUUUUCUUGAUGGGACAGUUCAUCGCCACGGAUAGAUUCGCCAAAGAUUUCGGUGUACACAGCGCAAGAACAGACAAGUGGAUCAUCGAGGCCUCAUGGCAGUCAGCAUUCCAGUGCAGUGGACCCAUCGGUGCCUUCAUCGGUGUAUUCAUCGCGGGUCCUAUCACGAGUUAUGUUGGAUAUCGAUGGGCAACUAUUGGCGGUCUCAUGGCUCUGAACGGCUUCAUCUUCAUCUUCUACUUCGGAAACAGCCAGGGAAUGUUCUUUGCGUCUCAGAUUCUGGAGGGCAUCCCGUGGGGUAUUUUCAUCGCCAACGCACCCGCCUACUGUGCCGAGAUCGUGCCAAUGAGACUACGAGCUCCGGCGACGCAGAUGUUGCAGAUGUUCUGGGCAAUUGGAUCCAUCAUCGUCGGUGGUAUCACCUACCACUACCAAUCGAAGGAUGAUCCCUCGGCGUACAGAGUUCCCAUUGCGCUCCAGUGGAUGUUCCCUACUCCUCUCGCUAUCCUACUUUUCCUUGCGCCUGAAUCUCCCUGGUGGCUCGUGCGACAGGGUCGUCUGGCCGAGGCAGAGAAAGCCGUCAAGCGCCUGGGACGCGCGAGUGCAACCGAUAAUCCCGCCGACGCCGUUGCAAUGAUGCGUCGCACGAUUGAGCUCGAGAAGACUGAGAAGAAGCCCAAUUUGAUUGAACUGUGGAAAGGCACAGAUCUCUACCGCACAUUGAUCGUGUGCGGUGUGUACGCGUCUCAGAAUCUGACGGGCAAUCUGAUUGCCAACCAAGCGGUUUACUUUUUCAAACAGGCCGGUAUGCCAGACAACACCGCAUUCGCACUUGGCCUUAUAACUUCUGCCCUGCAGUGGGUCAUGGUCAUGGGCUCUUGGGUUCUAACCACAUACCUUGGCCGACGCACCAUCUAUGUCUACGGUCAACUCAUCAACUGUGUGUUCCUGAUCGCACUCGGGAUUGCAGCUUCGGUCGGCGACAGCGAUCCGGCGAGCAAUGCACAGGCUUCGCUUGGCUUAAUUGUUUCUGUCCUGUUCUGCUUGGGACCCGCGCCUACAUCUUGGGUCAUCAUCGGCGAGACAUCUUCCGUCCGCCUCAGACCUUUGACUACCGGUGUUGGACGAGGUGCCUAUUACUUGGUCAAUAUUCCUUGCAUCUUCCUUUCCAGCUACAUGCUCAACACUGAUGAGGGCAACCUGGGCGGCAAGAGCGGCUACGUUUGGGCUGGUACUGCCUUCUUCUGCACGGCUAUGUCUUGGUGGUUCAUCCCGGAGAUGAAGCACCGGUCCUUCCGUGAGAUUGACAUUCUGUUCAAGCGUAAGGUCCAGGCUCGCAAGUGGAAGAAGACGGUCGUCGAUAUCCGCGAUGAUGAGUAG